CAUAAAUUCAAGCCUACGACCUUCCCGCUGCUACCUUGCGAGGUCUUCAACUUGAGAAAGUCUUCAUGAACCACCUCUCGCAGUAUCCAGUCACACGAGAAAGUUCAAAAUGGUCUCGACUAUUGACAACAAUCCUUUGGUCCCCAACACGAUGCAGACUCGAAAGUCGCUAGACGACAGUGGGCUACCAGCAAGUCAGGCUCAUAGACUCAACGAUUUGCAGAUGAUAAUUGACCGAAAUGUCGCACCCUCUCCUCAAUCGAUGUGUGCUGAGCUCGCACAUGACCAUGCGCUGGAAGACCUUCAUAAGAUUACUGAGCAUACAUCGGAUCCAAGUGAUCCGGUGAGGGACAAAGAUCCAUUCUUCACCGUAAACUACGCCGAUCAUGUCACUCCGUCCGAGCCUCGCAAGCCCGAUGAGUGAAUCAUGGAGAUAUCGGCGAGCCUCAAUGUCCUUCUGUCGGACAAGAGACAAGCUCUGGGCGAUUUCUGC